AUGCUCUUAGCGCUGUCAUUACAGAAUUCAGUUGAUGAAAAUGAAUCCAAAGAAGCAAAUUUUCUUAGAAUUACAUUUGGAAGAAGACGCGCCCAGGCGUGUCUUCGAUGGGCGCUUGACAUAAUGACUUACAAUCAAGAAAUUCGUAUACAACCAGCUAUUCAUCCACCGAUGUCAAUACUUUCAAAUCCUAAAAAAUCAAUCUAUCUACAAUUACACAGAAAUGUAUUAAUACGUCUACCACGAUAUCUGAUUACACCACAGAUAAAUUUAAUUUCAUCAGUGUCACCGUCAAUAAAGUUAUCCUCAGCAUCAUUAAUAAGUAGUAUAUCGAAAACACUGAAAAGUAAUGAUACUUUUAAACGGAAAUUAAAUCAAUCAAGCGAAUUUUUAGUGAACAAUAGUUUGUCGAUUAACAACACUGCCUAUCUUAAUACCGAUAUAUAUCAAACACUUCCAGCAGAAAUAUGCUUACAUUUAGCUGUGUGUUUGUUAAACGAAAGACGUCAUAUUGGCCUACAAGAAGCGACUACACGUGCUGCGUAUGUUUUGCAUGAAAGAAUAUUGUUUCUGGGCAUCGAACAUCCGGCUACUAUUCAAAUAUCUAGAAUAUUGGAUCAUAUAGAACAUUAUCUUACUAAAGGUCAAAUGAUUACAAAAAGCACAAAAGAUGAAAGUGAAACAAGUCAGUUGGAAUCAUCUUCUGUAAGGCUGAAACUUUCUACUGGUCGUGUAUCACAAAAUCUACUUCAUUCCAAUCGAUCACCGACAUCAUCAUCAUACAGACAAAUUUCAUCUAUACAGAAAAUUUCAAAUAAAUUUGCUAAAUUCCCUUCAAGUACUUCUUUACUCAGUGAGAAAUCGUCAAGAUUACUUUCUUCAAUGUCAGGUACUACCAGGACUAAUACUCCACCUAGUCGAUUAGAUUAUCUACAGACUAGAACGAAAGAUACAUUGAAAUCAUCAAAAUAUGAAUUAACAUUGAGACAUUUAGGUAAAAUACAUCGAAUGCUAUCGCGUCGAAUCAAUCGAACAAACAACCAGGACAGGUGUUUACAGUUUAAAUUAAUAAAACUACAGAAAGAAAAGAAAUUCUUUUUUCUUCUUAUCAACAUUGAAGACAAAUGA